AUGAGUCCACCUUCUUCUCCAGACUCAUCUCAAUCGGGAGUGGAUACGAGAACUGAGGUUCCAGUGUCAAGUGAUUUGGGUUUUGGAGAGGGUUUAGCAUCCUUUGUGAUGGUAAAUAAUCAUCUGAAAGGAUUGGGGUUAGCUGUCUUGAAAGCUGAAAGCGAAUAUCAAAGUAUGAAGGAGAAGUUUAUCCUGCAAAGAUUCAUCUCGUUAGUUCUUCUGGCUGUUGUAAGACAUCGAGGCAGUGUUAUCGACAACUCAAAGCAUUUAACUGAG